ACCUUGCAUUUCCUCCUUUCUCCCCGUUUCCCUUCACUUCUAAUUCCAAAACAACAAACAAGCCGUAAAAAUAAGAAUUUCUUUCCUUCAUUUCCCGUCUCUCAUCAUACCUCUAGACUAUUUUUGAACCCUAACCACUGAAUCCCAAACUCCAGUCGACAUUAUCGAAAUUUACCAUCACCGACGGCCAAGGGACUUGGGCCAGCUGCCAGCUAUCGACAUCGCGAUCGACGUCGAAGAUUUAGCCGUCUCCUUCACAUGAAUACCUGCUCCUUUCUUCUUAUUCGCAAUCAUCAUCUACCCUCUCUAUAUUAUCGCGUUGACGACACCCAUUACUGUCGGUGAUUGUCUCACCUCCUUCUCCAUUUUCAGUUUCCUCCUUUUCCAUUUUAGUUGGUUUGAUCGCAUCAGUCGCUAUUUCCUUCGCCCGUCAGUAUGGAAUUUGGGGUAAAUGGUGAUGCCAGUGGUGUGAUGGUGGGAACUGUUGAGUUGGAAGAUAGCAGAGCAGGUCAUGAAAACGAGAUUGAUGUGAUUUCUGCUGAAGAGGACUUUCAACAAGAUCAGGAUGAUAAAGUGGAUAAAGAGACUUUGGGUAAGGAUGCAAUCAUGGAUGGAGUUCCAUCUGUUGCAAUGGCUCCAGCAGAUGAGCCCUACGUGGGACAGGAAUUUGAAUCUGAAGCAGCUGCACAUGCAUUUUACAAUGCUUAUGCUACAUGUUUGGGAUUCAUCAUCCGUGUAAGCAAACUCUCUAGAUCAAGGCGUGAUGGGUCAGCCAUUGGUCGGGCACUUGUUUGUAAUAAAGAGGGCUAUAGAAUGCCAGACAAGCGUGAAAAAAUUGUAAGACAAAGGGCAGAGACAAGAGUUGGCUGCAGAGCAAUGAUUUUGCUUAGAAAAGUAAGCUCCGGUAAAUGGGUUGUUACAAAGUUUGUCAAGGAGCACACUCAUCCUCUAACACCUGGUAAAGGCCGAAGGGAUUGCAUUUAUGAUCAGUAUCCGAAUGAACAUGAUAAAAUCCGUGAACUAUCGCAGCAGCUGGCUAUAGAGAAAAAGAGAGCAGCAACUUACAAAAGGCAUUUGGAAUUGAUUUUUGAGCAUAUUGAGGAGCAUAAUAACAGUCUAUCAAAGAAGAUCCAACAUAUAGUAGACAAUGUGAGAGAGAUGGAAAAAAAAGAGGAGCAAAAUCGUGUAUAGGGUCCAGUAAUUUUCGCUCUUUUUGUUUUUCCUAAAAUACAAAAUCAAGAAUUGGUAUACAGAAUGCUGUUGGGUAGCAACAGAUUCUCAUGGGUUAGAUGUCAAAUGCUGACUUGCUCUUCCUGGGUGUCCAGUUAGUUACACAUUGUGAAAAUGUUUUGAUUUAGCAGCAUUGAUUUGGGUUAUUGAGUAUAAUUAUGGUCCUAUUUUUGGAGCACAUAAUGAGUAGGAGAAAUAGAGACUUGAUGUAUAGUUAUCCAAUCCCAUGUCUGCAAGGUUAUGCCAAAAAUAUGAAAUUGGUCUUCACCAUAAGGGCAUCAUUGUGUCCCAAGGAAGUUCAACAUUGCAUUCCAUUGCCAUUUAUGUAGAACUUCAUUUCAGUUUCUUGUUUUGUAUAGCAUGGAAAUGUAUUUCUUUUCUUAUUGUUUUCGUCUUCUUUUUAAUAUAUUUUAUUGGAUUAUGUGCCCACAA